CGCUCAAGGCGCGAAGUAUGGUGCUUCAGGAGGAAACGCGAAAUGCAGUGAUUAAUGGUCGUGGCAAGAAUGGGGCCAUUCCUCUCUCCAUGGCUCGAGUCGCACUAUCGCUGCAUGCUUUUGCAUCGAAUCAAACAGUGCGACUGGGCAGGCAGACGGAAGCAUUCCGGCGUUGACUGCUCUCUGUCGUCGUCGUCGCACGGAGGCACCAACUGAUUAUGCAGGCCAAGCGGCUACACCGGCGCGCGGGAUAAGGGGGCUCACUAGCGCGGGGUUUCCGCGUGCGGGCGUGUGAUCAUGGUGACCUCGCUAAGCGACCUUAAUGGUGUCUUUUAAGCCGCAGGAGAGGAAGGGAAAAAUUGAAACUAAAAGAAACAGCAACACGCGCGUAACUUGUGGCCUAAACGAACCGUGGCGAGCACGACGCCGUCUACUUGGCCGCAUGAUGGCGCGCCAAGAAAGAACAGAGACAAAUACACGUGGGUGCUCGUACCUUCUUUCCUCCUCUAACGGGGGAGGACUAUGCGCGCACAAACUCGUGGUUCCCCGAGCGAUUAAUGCAAUCGCAAUAAAAUACAAAAAAAAGAAAAGGAAAACAGGGUCGGAAGAAAGUCGUUGCGUGACGCGGCGUUCGGCUUCACUAAUAAUUGCUGAAUCCUAUUGGCACUUUAGUUGAAGAGGGAAGCUGGUGGUGUUCCUUAGAACAAAGCCGCCUCUCGAACGGACAGGGACGGACAUGCAGACCGUUGCCGCUCACUUUCUGCAGACGCCGGUGAAGGUGACGGCGGGGCACCGGGCCCGUAGGCACCGGUGUUUGAUUGUCGUCGCACUUGUCGCCACUGCCGCCUUUGCCGCCGUCGGCUCCGCUUGUUUGCCGUACGGUGUCGAGGCGCAUAGCGAGGAUGUGGAAUCGAGCGCACCAAUCGUGCAGACGGAUUCAGGUCCUGUCGCCGGUAUCAGACUUCGAGGCCAGAACGGCGGGGUCGUCGAUGCCUACCUGGGCAUACCGUUUGCUAAGCCGCCGACAGGUGAGCGUCGCUUCAUGCUACCCGAGCCCAUUACGCCCUGGAAGGAAACCCUUCAGGCAGUGUGGAAGCCCAAGGCUUGCGUGCAGACCAGCUUCGAACUGCCCGGCAGCGUCAACAUCAACACCGCGGACACAUCCGAAGACUGCCUCUAUUUGAAUAUUUGGGUUCCGCGACCUGAAUGCAGCAACGGCGCGGUGUCUUGCGAUCAUCUCUUGCCCGUUUUCACUUUCGUCUACGGCGGACUCUUCGUUUGGGGGUCGAGUGCUCUGGGCGUCUAUGACGGCCUUGACUUCGCGGCACGGGCGCAAGUAGUGUACGCAAACUUCAACUAUCGCGUCAGCCUGUUCGGUUUUCUCAAUGCCUCAUCGCCAGAAGCUCCUGGCAACAUGGGCAUGUACGACCAGCUCGAAGCACUGCGCUGGAUUCACAGAAACAUCAAGCAUUUCGGCGGCGACCCCGACGCCAUCACCUUGGCCGGACAUAGCGCCGGAGGCAUGUCCGUCAGCUAUCACAUAAUGUCCGAGCUUAGCCGAGGACUGUUCAAGCGGGCAGCUCUAUUCAGCGGCACACCACAAGCCCUCUCGUAUUCGGAUCAUGCGGACCAGCACCAGAACUUCCGUACACUGAGCUACCACCUUGGCUGCGCCGAUGCUAAGCUGCCGGUAGAGGCCCAGAGGGACGAGAUAGUUCGCUGCAUGCGCAAGUGGGACGCUCACAAGCUCGCACUGGAAGCGACCAAGGCGCUACCUUUCAAGUUCGUCACCAUAUUGCCGGGCUACGGAGACGCCUUCCUCCGCCGGAACCCGCUGGACCUGAACAACCCGUUCAACGUUAAGGAGAUCUUCCUGGGCACCACGCAAGACGACGGGGCGUACUUGGUCUACGCGAUGCUGGACCAGCUGAAGUGGCUGAACGGAAACUUGGACGGCCCCACGGUGUUCAGGGUGACAGUGAAGAGCUUCUUCAACGUAGACUUUGCGGCUAGCGCCAAGUACUCGCACCUCUACUUCGACGAGAGCGGCGCUCCUCACGAGCAGUGGGAGAUCGAGAAGAACCUCUCGCUGCCUCUCACCGAGGGUGCAUUCGAUUGCGGUACGGAUCUGUAUGCCUCAUCGGCGCUCGCCAGCAACGUGACGCUGCUGCGAUACGAGUUCACGCACCGACCGGCGCGCAGCAUGUGGCACAAGUGGGUGACGGCCACGCACAUGGACGAGCUACCCUUCUUCCUGGCCACCACGGACAAGCUGAGCAGCGGAACGACCAGGGGGGAUGAAUACGCCAAGGAGCUCCAGUUCUCGAACGAGCUGGUGGACACCUUGGCGAGUUUCACCAAAACUGGGAAACCAAAGAUUCCGAAGAGCGACAUGGAGUGGCCAAAGUACACCAAAGAGAGCAAGGCGUACGUGAUACUCAAGCCGAACGACUACAGCGUCGCGUACGGACCCAGGUCCAAGAAAUGCCACCUCUGGGAGCCAUACCUUGUUAAGAGGCAACCGUCUCCAACGACGCCCGCUCCCAAGCACAAGCCGACGCCCAAGCGCAUGCCAGAGAAGCGCCCUGGAAAACCGCUGCGGCCGCUCGACAACUUCGUCGAGUCUUCGGCAUCCACCGGUCCGCUGUCAUCAGCCACGGCGCUGGCAUCAAUGCUCUUCGCCAUCGCCCUCGGCCGGUCAUGAGAAGAACAAGGGACGGGGUUGGAAAAGCGUGAAGUGGUGUUAUCCCGCUUCGUAGAGCUUUAAUUCUUGGCGCUUGCGGAAGUGCGCGUUCUUUCUACCAGCGCUGCAGGGACACUUUAUGCUGGCCAGCGGUAAUUGUAGCCUUUCACCGUGCUUCGGUACCUGGCGCUGUGUCUACGCAAAUGUCGUUCAUGACAGUGGCGAGUGGCAUGUUCGCUUUUUUUGUGAGAAACACGGCGGGAAAUUUUGAUUUGAGACUACGAUGGUGAACAUGGGCCACCAUACUAUUACGCUCAUAUUAGCGCAGUAAAUGAGAAACUACCGACAUGUUUUACAAGGCAGACAGUGCGUAGGCAUGUAAAUUGAUGACGAUGACAUGUCAGUUCAACUCUGGCUUUCUAAUUGAACUGCUCAUCUGGCUACAUGUUAUGAAUCUAGACAUAGAAAUUCAGUGUCUGUCAUUUACAUAUGCGAUAUUUAUUUAUUAGUGAUACACCAGCACAAACUAGAAGUCGUAUUCGAGUGUAGAUAAACUUUUUUUCUGGUGUUCACGUGAUAGAUCGAGAAUUGUCGCGUUAGUCAGUUUGUUAACCAUACAACACUGUAAAGCUGCCGGCAUGUGUGAAAGUCAUCCAAAGCAAACGCUCGCUAGCCAAAGUCACUAAUCGUGAACUCUUUUCAUGUGGCAUAGUCGCGAGCUUAAAACUGAAGCAGAAACGUGAAAUGUUAGAAUAACGAAGUUCUAGCCAAGCAAACUUAUUGCCAUAGUGGCUCACUUCCUUUGGUUUUUGUUAUAUUUUGAUCUUGGCCAGCGGGUUUUACAUCGAAGACAUGUGUGUAAGGCUGCCGUAACAGAGUAACACAAGUUCAUCAGCCGAGUACAUAUAAACAUAGACUACGGCAGCUGUUUGGAGAGUUGAAGCCCGCUAUCAGUGUAUCUGGAAAUGUGUGCGAUCAGCCAAAGGGCGCCAAAUGUUUCAUCAUAUAUAUAAUGUUUUCCUCACUCGUGUACGCCUGUAAAUACCCAUCUUGUGUUUCAUCUCGAGGUAUUGUUUAGCGUGUUAUGCGGAUACGUGAAUGUGUUCGCUUGCAUCUACUCUUGUGUUAAAGAAAGAAGAAGCACUGAUGCAUUGUAAUAUUUGAGGCCUUCUAGACAGAUAGGUGCGCCAUUUUUCAUUGAUUUUUCAUUGACUUUUUAUUCAUUUUUUUAUUGUGUGACAGGAACGCAUCUGGUUGUUUGUGACUAUGAAAUAAAUGAAAUUCUAAUAAAAAAUACUUUUUGCUUUGAAAA